ACGGUUCCAUAUCAUUGCAGCCGAGGACACGCGGGCGUCAGCAGCGCGCGAGAGAAAGAGCGGGAGGAGAGGAGAGAAGAUAGUGACUGCAGUUGCACGUUCCCUCUCGACAUUGGAUCUAUGUUGUUGUAAGAGCAUCUGUGACUGGUAGGAAAGGAGUGGGGAAGAGGAGGUAUACACUAACCCACCAAGGAAAGACCUAUGCUUGGAUUUUGCCUAUUUUUUCUUCGCCAAUGCAAAAGGAAAUAUGCAGCGAAGCUUCACCCUCCUGUACACCAGUUUUCUGGGGAUGUGCUUGGGUUCAAGUUUUCCAAGUAACAUCAAUAUAGGGGGACUAUUCCCAACCGAAUCUCACGAAUAUGACGUGUUUCGGUUCGCGCUCUCGCACCACCAGGAAAUCCCCAAACUGUUGCCGCAGGUGGAUAUGGUCAAGAUAGGCAACAGCUUCUCCAUGACAUAUGCCUUCUGUUCCCAGUUCUCUAAAGGUGUCUAUGCCAUCAUUGGCCUCUACGACAGGAAGACGGUCAAUAUGCUGAUGUCGUUCUGCGGGGCGCUGCACGUGUGUUUCGUCACGCCUUCCUUCCCCAUCGAGACGGCCAACCAGUUUGUGAUCCAGCUGAGACCCGAGCUACAGGACACUCUGGUGGGGGUCAUAGACCACUACGGAUGGACCAAGUUCGUCUACAUGUACAGUUCUGACUCUGGCCUGUCUGUGCUGCAGAAGGUCCUGGAUACGGCUGCUGAGAGGAGCUGGCUGGUGACGUCUGUCAACGUAGAGACAAUGACGGAGGCCUCAUUCCUCAAGGUGUUUCAAGACUUGGACAAGAGGAAGGAGGGACAGAUCAUCAUCGACUGUGAGACCGAAAGACUCACCUCCAUCCUCAAAAAGAUCGUUGAACAGGGGAAGAAUGCUAAGAGUUACCACUACAUCCUGGCCAACCUGGGUUUUCUGGACAUUGACCUAACGGACCUGAGGAAAGGUGGGGCGAAUAUCACAGGCUUCCAGCUGGUCAACUACACAGAGCAGAACGUCAGUCGUACCAUUCAGCAGUGGAUGGAGUUCGAAAACAAAGACGCCAAGAUCCCCAAGAGACGCCUGAAGUACACCGGAGCAUUGACAUAUGACGGGGUGAAGGUGAUGUCUACAGCAUUCCAGAACCUUCGGAAACAGAGGAUAGACAUCUCUCGCCGUGGUAAUGCAGGCGAAUGCCUCGCCAACCCGCCCGCACCCUGGGGCCAAGGCAUUGAUAUACAGAGAGCCCUGCAACAGGUGCGUAUCGAUGGCCUGACAGGUCAUAUCCAGUUUAAUGAGAAAGGACGCAGGACCAACUUCACCGUCAAUGUCAUGGAGCUAGCCCCCUCUGGACCUAAGAAGGUGGGCUACUGGAACGAGGACGAGAAGUACGUGAGCACAGCCACCUUCAUGAGAGGAAGCAACGACAGCAGCUACGGCCUACAGAACAGGACCUACAUAGUUACCACCAUCCUGGAAUCCCCAUACGUAAUGCUGAAGAAGAACCAUGAUCAGCUGUCAGGGAACGAUAAGUACGAGGGUUACAUCGUGGAGCUAGCGGCUGAGAUCGCCAAGCACGUUGGAUACCAUUACAAACUGAAGGUGGUCACAGAUGGGAAGUAUGGAGCCAGAGACCCCGAGACCAAGAUGUGGAACGGCAUGGUCGGAGAGCUGGUGUACGGGAAAGCAGACGUGGCGGUAGCCCCGCUGACCAUCACCCUUGUCCGAGAAGAAGUGAUCGACUUCUCCAAGCCAUUCAUGUCUCUGGGCAUCUCCAUCAUGAUCAAGAAGCCCACCAAGUCUAAACCAGGUGUCUUCUCCUUCCUGGACCCGCUGGCCUAUGAGAUCUGGAUGUGUAUCGUGUUCGCCUACAUCGGUGUGAGCGUGGUCCUGUUCCUGGUGAGCCGCUUCAGCCCCUACGAGUGGCACGCAGAGGACUAUGAGGAGGAGGCCGAACCCCAGACCCCAACCCAGCCGACGGGUCCCGGUGCUGGGCUACAGUCAGGGCAGAGCCCUGGUCAGCCAGGCCAGAACCAGCAGAAUCAGGAACAGACCAACGAGUUUGGCAUCUUCAACUCUCUCUGGUUCUCCCUGGGAGCCUUCAUGCAGCAGGGAUGUGACAUCUCACCCAGGUCUCUGUCAGGGCGGAUAGUGGGUGGCGUGUGGUGGUUCUUCACUCUCAUCAUCAUCUCGUCCUACACGGCCAACCUGGCUGCUUUCCUCACAGUGGAGAGGAUGGUGUCUCCCAUAGAGAGUGCUGAGGACCUGGCUAAACAGACUGAGAUCGCCUACGGAACUCUAGAUGCUGGUUCCACCAAGGAGUUCUUCAGGCGGUCUAAGAUCGCAGUGUUUGAGAAGAUGUGGUCGUACAUGAAGUCGGCCGACCCCUCAGUGUUUGUGAAGACCACAGACGAGGGUGUGAUGAGGGUGAGGAAGUCCAAAGGGAAGUAUGCCUACCUGUUAGAGUCCACCAUGAACGAGUACAUCGAGCAGAGGAAACCCUGUGACACCAUGAAGGUGGGGGGGAACCUGGACUCUAAAGGAUACGGUAUCGCCACGCCCAAGGGCUCACCCCUCAGGAUCCCGGUAAACCUAGCCGUGUUGAAGCUCAAUGAGCAGGCCGUUUUAGACAAACUAAAGAACAAAUGGUGGUACGAUAAAGGAGAGUGUGGCAGCAACGACUCCGGACGCAAGGAUAAGACAAGUGCGUUGAGCCUGAGCAACGUGGCCGGAGUAUUCUACAUUCUGAUUGGAGGGCUGGGCCUGGCCAUGCUGGUGGCGUUGGUGGAAUUCUGCUACAAGUCGCGAACCGAGUCUCAGAGAAUGAAGCAGAACGUCAACAACGCCAUGCCCUGUUCCACCAUGACCAGAAUGAGCGGGAACGGGAACGGGGGAGGAGGAGGUGAAGGUGAAGGUGGAGGAGAGAACGGACGCAUCCUAACUCACGACUUCCCUGAAACAGUCCAGACUCUCCCCUGCAUGAGCCACACCGCCAGCAUGGGGCUCAGCGCCUCCGGCAUGUGAUCACAUGACUUGGCACAAGGGGCUGAGCAGGAGACUCACUCAUAGACCUUACAAAGAUGGCCACAUUAAUGGUGACAUUGACCUUAUGAACAUGGCACUCUUUCUGAACCGUUUGUUUGUGUGGCGGCUGCGUGCUGUGUGUCGGAGACAGACUUCAAUACUACUGCCAAAUGCACUCUGAAAUCACUCACUACAAACAGGGGAAACAGAAAAGGAGAUGAGGAAAAAAUUUUGAAAAAGGAGCCAUUGUUGGGACGUGAUGUUUUUUGUUUCUUUUAUUAUGAUUUUUUUGGAAAAAGGUGUUAAUUUCUGUGUUAAAAAGAGACCUAUACGGUAAAUGCCGCCUGCCCUGCCUUGACCUUUUCUGCCCUGCCCUGCCCUUUUCUGACCUGCCCUGACCUUUUCUGACCUGCCCUGACCUUUUCUGCCCUGCCCUGCCCUUUCCUCCCCUUUCUGCCCUGCCCUGUCCUUUUCUGCCCUGACCUGCCCUUUUCUGCCUUGACCUUUUCUGCCCUGCCCUGACCUUUCCUCCCCUUUCUGCCCUGACCUGCCCUUUUCUGCCUUGACCUUUUCUGCCCUGCCCUGACCUUUCCUCCCCUUUCUGCCCU